GAUUUGCGACGAAUCUAAAAUGAAGUAAACAAUUUUUUAUUUGUCGUCUGGAAGGAAUUGGACGGUUUAAAUCAUUUUGAAAUGUUCUAGAAUUAUAAUUUUUGUCAAUUAUGAAAGAAAAAUUCCUCUUUUAUUUAUGCAUUCAUUUUUUAAAAUUUUUCUAAAGGCUCUUUACCAUAAAAUUAUAUUGUCCUUUUAGAAUGUUCCAGACUAAUAGGCCUAUGAUGUAGUUUUUUAUCACCUGUCUCACCGGAGCAUUUUGAGUUUUACUCAUAAAAUUUUGACAUGUUGAGGAGUGUUUGCCAAAGUAUAUAUAAGGAGAAGAAAAUUUCUCUCUUCACUUCAUAUGGCCCACUACUGUUCUUAACGUAAACAGUUAAGCGUGGAAUGGAGCCAUUGAUGAAUAACUACAAGACUUGGAAGAUCACGAUCGUUGGUUGCGGCAGCACCGGCUGUAAGAUCGCGGGCUACUUCAUUAACAAUGGAUGGGAUGUUAAACUAUUCGACCGUUCUCCAACUGUUAUUCGUAACGUGUGGAAGAUGGUUCAAUCCGAUAUAGAGUAUAAGUUUGCUCGCAACCGUUUUGCUGGUACCUGUACAGGCGGUUUAAUUUGCGCUAAUGACAUUGCUGACGCAGUCAGGCAUGCUGAUUUAGUUAUUGAGGCCAUUGAAGAUGAACUUCUAUCUAAGCAAAAUCUAUUUGAAAUCUUAGGUCGUCAUUGUAAGCCAAAUGCCAUUUUGGCGACUACAACGCACCAAUAUGAUAUUUCUCAAAUUGCUGAAAAUACGCGUAAUAAAGAUCGUGUUAUGGGUAUACAAUUUAUGUGUCCUAUUUACGAUAAUCCUGAAGUAAUGGUCACUCCUGCUAGAGAGACUUCGGAGGAGAAGAUAAAUAUUAUUAGCAACUUCCUCUCAAAUUUGGGAAAGCGAGUAGAAGUAAAUCAUUGGUCUAUUUUUUCGGGUAGAACUGUUGAAAAUGAAGAUCCUGAUGUUUUGUGGUCACAUAUUAAUAGAGUUUUAUCUCUUCAAAUGAGAUCACCAAAUUCGGGAAGUUUACCUGGAAUUCCUUUUCCAUUACCGAAUUUGAAUCCAAUUCCGAAUACGAAUAUGAAUACGAAUACGAAUAUGAAUAUGAAUAUGAAUACGAAUAUGAAUACGAAUACGAAUAUAAACACUAAUCCAACUACUAGUUCUAUUCCAAGAACCUUAUCGAGUCAGACCCCGAAUCUUGGUGUGAAUGCGAAUUUGGGCAUGAAUACGAAUCAAAAUCGAAGUCGUAUUCUCAAUUCCAACGAAGAAUUAUCUUCACUAUUGACUCGGGUGUUUGGCUCUUCAGAAGCGCUUCCAACGUUACCACCAUUUCCUCAGCUAGGUGCUCCUGGAACGCUUCCACCGUUACCACCAUUGUCACUACUACCUGAGCUAGCUAGACUGACUAACAGGGCUCCAACGACGGCUCCAACGGCGGCUCCAACGACGGCUCCAAAGGCAUCCCGGCCCGUUCCUCACAUGGAUUGGACUUGCGAGGAUGAAGAUAAAGACGACGAGGCGGUUGGCAAGCCACCUCAAGAAUGUAGUAUAUGUUUGGAAAAGCCAAGAAAUUGUUUGUUCAAUCCUUGUCAUCAUAUUGUGUCAUGCACAAAAUGCGCUGGUAUACUCUUGAGGAACGGGGCCGGGUGCCCUUUAUGCCGUCAAGUAGUCUCGAAUGCUGUUAAGGUUUACUUUGGUUAGACAAUUUUGUGAAGUUUCUAGUAACGUCUAUCUGUUUUUUUUUUUUGGAAAGUUUAGAAAUAUCUAAUAUUCCUUUUUAUUAUCUCAUGAAUAUUUAUAAGAAAAAAAGAAGGAUUUUAUUUUCUUUUUUGUUAGGUAUGAAAAAAAUAUUCAGAUAAAUAAUUCAAUUCUUUCUAUUUUUGGUUAUUGACCCAAUUUAAAAAAAAAAAAUGUAUAGUUUUGUUAAUUGGAUUUAAUAGAGUGUAUUAAGAAAAGAAGAAAUGAAAAAAAAAAUCUAUAACUACGUGUAGUUAAGCAAAUUAUAUAUUAUGUUCUAUUGUAAUAUAUAGUUGUUUAUGUUUUUGAUUCGUUUUCGUUUGGAAAAUGUAAAAGAAACAAAAAAGAGAAUGUGUUAUGAAUUUUUGUAUGUUCUAUUAUGUAUUUUUGUUUAUCUUUUUCAUGUCCUAUAAGUUUGAAAGUUGUUGAAGAGAUGUUAUAUUGAAUAAACUUGAGAAAGGUAACUUUAUCUAAAAUUGCCUUUCUCUUCUUGACAACUAU